CUAGUGUUGCUAGUUAAUGCAACCGAAAGCUUGACACAUUUUUAGAAAGUCAAACGCAAAAACGAAAAGGUAUUAAGGUAACUGUUCUGUUGUCGUUGGUACCGCAUACCUGUCGUUGAAAUGCCUUAAUAUAUCCGUGUGUUGUUGGAUAAAACACACCUGUUAAAGGGUUUUUUUGUAUUCCUACAAGCUAAUGUAGCUCGCUUGUUUGCUAGCCAGGAAGAGUUGACAUCUCACUGUUGGCUUCAUCUUAGCUAACACAGUCAACAGAGGAGCUGACUUAAAGAGAGCUCCAGAUGCGGCUAAAAGAUCCCUUCUCUUUGAAAGCCGCCGAUAUGACUAAGCGGACUAAUAAACCGAGGAAACCUCGAGAUGAGGAGUCAUCAGAUGAAGUCAGUGGACUGACCUGCCAGCAUGUGAGUAAAGCCGUGGACCUGAGCUCGGUGAAGAAGUCCGUCCUCUCAAGCGUGUGGUUGGUGUGCUCUGAGUGCCUAAAGGAGAGGACAAUGAUCGAUGGAGAGCCAGCCGCAUCCCACGACAUCCUGGUGUGCUUAAAGUGUGGUUUUCAGGGCUGUAACCAGUCAGGGAUUCAGCACGCUGUCAAGCACCACCAGGCUUUCCAUCCAGAGUCGCACUGCAUCACCAUCAGCUUGAGCACGUGGAAGGCCUGGUGCUUUGAAUGUAAUGAGGAGCUCUCUACUCACUGCAACAAGAAGGCUUUGGCGCAGACCCUCGACUUUUUACAAAAACACUCUGUCAAGGCAACAUCAGCAGCAUCACCCAAGAUAAUUAAACUGCGAGAGGAACCAUCAGACUAUGCUGACCCUCCCAGAGGCAAGAGUUCAGUCAUCAACAGCACUCUGGUCCCGGUUAAGGGAAUCAAUAACCUUGGUAACACCUGCUUCUUCAAUGCUGUUAUGCAGAACCUGUCCCAGACACACAUGCUCAUUGACCUAAUCCAGGAAGUGAAGGAGAAAGGGUACAAACUGAGGAUCUGCCCCUCUGUUGAGUCCAACCUGAGUCCACUGACUGUAACGCUGCCCAGUCCAGAACCCCUGACUGCAGCAAUGUUUCUCUUCCUCCAGAGCAUGAAAGAGUCAGGAAAAGGCCCCAUCAACCCUAAAAUCCUCUUUAACCAGCUUUGCCAGAAAGCUCCUCGUUUCAAGGGUUACCAACAGCAAGACAGUCAGGAGCUUCUGCACUACUUACUGGACUCUAUACGAGUAGAGGAAACUAAGAGGGUGAAAGCAGGAAUUCUGAAGGCUUUCAACAAUCCCACAGAGAAGACGGCUGAUGAGGAGACCAAACGCCAAGUCAAAGCGUACGGAAAGGAAGGUGUGAAGAUGAACUUUGUUGACCGCAUCUUUGUAGGCGAACUUACCAACACAAUUAUGUGUGAGGAAUGUGAGCAUAUCUCCACAGUGAAGGAGGCCUUCAUAGACAUCUCUUUGCCCAUCAUAGAGGAGAGGAUAUCAAAGCCUUCCAACCCUGGUCGUCUGGGGAAGAGCAGCAGGGAGCAGGACACUCAUACAGCUCACAAUGACCAGGUUCUCUCUGCAGCACACUCCGUCAACCGAAAUACCAGGAAGCUGAGCGGACAGAAGCAGCAGAGCAGGAGAUCUUCCAGUUCUGUUGAGGAGAAAGGAGCAGGCUGUGGUGCAGAGCGACCGGAGGAUGAAGGGGUAGCUGGUGGAUCAGCCCGUGGUGUCUCGAUCUGUAAAAUGGCGGCUGCUGGCAGCCUAUCAGAUGGCAGCGAAAGAGACUCGGGUGCUCAGGACAGCAGUAACGAUGCUGACAGUGAGGCCUCCGAGAGUGAGUGGGCCCCACGUGCCUCCUCCUCCAGCCACAGCCACGGACACAUGUCCACCCCAUCAUCCACAUCCACACUCACUCCAUCCCCUACACCUGUCUCUGCCUCCUCUCCCUCGUCAUCAUCCUCCGCUAGACAAGGUGGCACUGUUGAGCAGCUGGUCACUGCAGUUUCUAAAGUCAAUCUGGGCUUCAGUUCUGGCGAUUGCUCCACUUCCACACACUGUUCUCCCGAGGAGCAGGAAGAAAAACAAACCCGAGAUAAUCUGCACCAUCAACACCAUCAGGGGGCGUUCCAGGUGCUGUCCCACAGUUACACACCCAGCUCCAAGGAGUGCUCCAUCCAGUCCUGCCUCCACCAGUUCACCUCUGUGGAACUGCUGAUGGGCAACAACAAGCUGCUUUGUGAGAGUUGCACUGAACGUAGGCAGAAGCAGCUACGCAAGAGCAGCUCAGCAGAUAAGAAAACUGAGAAAAUUUAUACCAGUGCUAGGAAACAGAUGCUGAUAUCUUCACUGCCUCCUGUCAUCACAUUGCAUCUUAAACGCUUCCACCAGGCCGGGAUGAACCUACGAAAGGUGAACCGCCAUGUUGACUUUCCUCUGAUACUGGAUCUGGCUCCAUUUUGUUCUGCAUCUUGCAAGAACUUGGCAGCCGGUGAGCGUGUCCUCUACAGCCUUUAUGGGAUUGUGGAACACAGCGGCUCAAUGCGCGGGGGCCACUACACCGCAUAUGUAAAAGUGCGUGCUCCCCAGAGGAAAACAGAACAACACCACAAGAACUUGUCAGGUGCAAGGGAUGCCAGCAGCAGCUCCCAGGGCCAGUGGGUGUACGUCAGUGAUACCACCGUUCAGACAGUUCCAGAGUCAAGGGUACUCAACUCUCAGGCAUACCUGCUCUUCUACGAGGAAAUGCUGUAACGCGACCGGCAAAAGUCUUUUCCUUAGAUAUCUGUUUUGCUUUGUUUGUUUUUGUAAAGCCUCUCCAGCUCCUCUUACUGUAUCUGUGAGAAUUUGGAGGCGAGAAAAGGGAAAAACGUCACUGUAAAACUCACUUGUCUUACUUAUAUUGGCACUUCUAAAUAUCUUAGAUAUAUAAACCAUAAACAAAUUUUAAAGGUAUUUCCUGGUUUGUAGCCCAGAUUUUCAUUAAUGUUUCGUAUUUCACGAAUCCUGUCUUUCAAAAGAGGUCAGGAGAGAAGAGUGUUAUUGAACCUGAGCUGUUCAAAAUGUAUGGUCUCGUCUUGGUCAUAAUCACAUGCUGGGAUGUAAACUGCAUGAUGGAGUUUGCUACGAUGGCUAACUGGAAACAAGCAGAAUUAUCGCAUGCUAAACUGCACUCAGCGCUGACUAGUUGAUGUCAGUUGUGUAUGUGAGUGUGUGCGCACAUGAGUAUGAAAGAAUGAGUGAGUGAGUGAGAGACAGGCGAAUGUAGUUUAAAGGUGCUAUGUGUGCUAUUUUCACAUCAGUAUAUGACUGCUAGGUUAAAUCACAGUUAGCAGUGUAGUUGUACAGUUGAAUAUUAACACUCAGGACCAUCAUGGAGGACACCGGCUCCCCACAAAAUGUUUUCUAUUGUGAGGCAAUGACACAAAUUUGGUGAAAUUGUGAUUGUUUCUGACAUUAGCAGACAAUAAAUGGUAAAAAAAAAAAAAAAGUCAAGAGAAGAGUGAAUUCAGGCGUGUUUGUUCUCUGCAUGGAAGAAACUUACACUCAGCAUGACAACAAGAAGCAGUAUCAUUUGGGCCUUAUGGGAAUUUUGCUUGUGUAUUCAAAGAAAUUGAAAGACUAAUAUAUUGUAAGGAGUAAUAACUCUUAUCACAGCUAACAGUGGUUUACAUUUAUAUGCUGACUGAAGCCGCUGCACAUAGCAUCUUUAAGGAGUAGCACAACAGUUAUUUUACAGCCUACUGCGAAUGGAUUGUUUUCCUAACAUCAGAAUGUAUUAAUGUAAGACUAUCAGUGAAUUGCAUUUGCCAAAGACGAGUUUUGCAACUGCGAGUCUAAGCAGAGUUUACUUUAUUCAGAAUUUCCUUAAUGUGUGUUCUCUCAAGGUCAUCGAUAUAGUUCUCAUGUGUCACUACACAAACAGACGCACUCAACGUUUAUCAAAUCAACAAAGCACCUUGUCUGCCUUCAUUGUAAUACAGCUCUACUGUAACUGCAGGCGCACACACAAACCCAUUAAGCUGCUCAACAAAGAGUCAGCACCGCAACAGACUUACUUUCUAUUCUCUAAUGCCAUCAGUAAGGUUGAGCAAAAAAUAAAAAAAGAUUUUCAAAGUCAACUUUAAAGCUAAAAGCCUGAUAAGAAAACAUCUUUGCUGUAAUGUGCAUGGGUUCAAGUUCUAAUGAAUGUAUUGCCUAUUCCUGAAAUGUCCAUGUCAAAUGACCCGUUUGUGUUUUUCUAUGAAAAUAUUUUAGAUCAAACUAUUUUCUUUUUUUUUCUGCUUGUUGGACAUUUGCCAAAAUGGUAGAAGGACAGGGGUUCAACAUUUGCAUCAGAGCCUAGAGGUUUAUUAUUUUCUUUUGAAACAAGGACAAAUCAGUGCCUCUGCUUCAGGAUUUACAAACUUGUGCAUGGCGAGAAGAAAAAAUAUGCAGAGUCAAAUGUAAAGAGGGAUAUGUGUGGUUUUAUUUAUGUACAGUACAACUUACUGUAAACAAAAACAAUAUUGAGUAUAUGUAAUUGUACAUAGUAGACACAAUACAGACUCAUGGUGCUUCAGGCGUGCAGGGUUUUUUUUUCCUCAAGACAGAUUAUUGUUCCCAGAAAUUGACAUUUAAAUUCAGUUAUGCACUUAUACACAUGGAAUGAGUAUAAACCAUACUGUAUCAAAAUAAAUCUAAUUUAUGAGCUGUAUAUUCAACAGGA